CGUCUGCUCUGCGCGGCGAAUGACGCACCUCAUUAUGAAACGCCCCUGACACAGUUUUAAUUUUUUGAAAGGCACAGACCGUGGUUAAUGGUUCAAAGAGUACCACAGGUAGCGUCUACCUCCGAAGUCCAAAAUCAUCUGCGAGCUAAAAGACUCAGGUACCUGAGCAAAAUGAAGCGAGUGUCAGCUGCUGACAGGAACAAGGGACCCAUCCUGGAGGUGAUGCGGGAGCUGGUGCCACAGGACCGGUCCAUCUACAUGCUGGAGGUGGCGUCAGGGGGAGGGACACAUGCUGCAUAUAUCUCACAGGCAUUUCCUAACGUUACCUGGCAGCCCUCCGACAUAGAACAGAGAUGUCUGGACAGUAUUGCAGCAUGCAUAAAAGCCACUGGUGUGAGAAAUGUGAGGCCAGCAGUGAGGAUUGACACUUCGCAGCCAUGGCAACAGUGGGCGGGGCACCAGCCCGAGUCAUGUGACAUGAUGAUGUGUGUCAACAUGAUCCACAUAUCACCAAUCAGGUGCACACAGGGCAUGAUUGAAGCUGCAGGAGUUUUACUGAAACCUGAUGGACAACUUGUAGCCUAUGGGCCCUUCUCCAUUCAUGGUGUCAUCAGUCCUGAGAGUAAUGUGAGAUUCGAUGAACACCUCAGGGCACAGAACCCUGAGUGGGGCCUGAGGGAUGUGGACUACCUGACUGAGGUGGCACAGAAGCAGGGGCUCCAGUUUCAAAGAAUGGUGGACAUGCCAGCAAACAACAAGAUCUUAGUGUUUCAGAAGGGCUCAAAAAAUGAUUCUGGAUGAUCCAUCUAUGGAAAA